GUGCAAGUAUGCCUUAGUCCUAAUUCAUAUUCGGCUGUUGAAUUGCUAAACAUCCUGAAUCCCGUGACUCUAUACUGCUGCACUGCCAACCAAUCACUGCGCUGCCCACCGGUGCGGGGCAGUCGAUAAGGGCGAUAAUUAAAGAAACCCCUCUCCCCAACGCUAUCAUCCUUCCUUCAUCCGAAGCAGUCAACAAGCGCUCCACCAUGGCCUCUCAGUCUCCCAAUCCUCCAUCCGACAGCCGUCUCUCCACGCGCAUCUCAAUCCGCUGGAUCCCCGAGCCCGCCUCCGAAACCACCGACACCGUCGUGAUGUCCGUGAAAGGCUGGUAUGUGGACCUGCGCGUGGACAAGUCCUCGCAUGAGAUCGACUGGGCCAUUGCGGGACAGCGCAUCGUAGACAGUGAAGAUUCCAAUCGCGUCCAAUUCACGCAUGAGAUCGACUCGCUCAAUUCGUUCGAUGCGGCUGACUGCGGAACCUUCACUGCCCUGUCGAAUGGCGACGAUCUUGAAAUCGGCUCGAUGCCUCGGCCCCAUCGCCCCGGUGCUCCUGUGACCGACUACGAGGAGGUGUGGAGGGAAUUGACCUUCCGAGAAGGCCCCGAGGGUCCGGGGCGGGGAAUAUCGUGGGUUCUGGAGUCGAAGCAUACUGCUGAGGAGGGCGGCGAGAUGGAGGUCGCGAGAACGUUCCUGGCCAGGAUUUGGGGGACUUACCUUGUUAUCCGCCAAGCUCAGGUUGUCGGACGAUCGCGUGGUUCUGACACAAUCUCUGUGAAGGAAGGCAGGGAUGUCAGCGCUCGACGGGAAGAAUGGGAUCCUACCACGGGAUGGACAGCGAAAUAUGUUCUCCAGGAUCGAGGAGUGAAACUGCCAUCUAUGAAGGAUCUCGACGGAGAAGGAACAGGUGCGUGGCGCACUCCCGGGGCGACAGUGCUGGUUUGUGGCGAGGAAUAUACAGUUCGAUCAUUUGAAGAGAUUGUGUAAGGUAUGUGGGGCAUCUC